AUGCAGCUACUGGGUUUCCUGAUCGGGGCGCUUGCAGCGGCAGCUCAAGCAACCUCCACGAGCAAUGUGACCAAAUUCACUUCCUUUGCGCAGAACCUCGGGCUGUCCGCAGCCAAUACACGUGCUUUGGCAGCGCGAUAUGCAAAGGCUGACGACUCGGUUGCUAUCUUGAACGUUGCAUGUUUGACUGCGCAGGGUGUGCUUGGCGCUGCAAAUGUUGAUACAUCGCCUCUCAACCAAACUAUUGUGGAUGUAAACUGGUCCGAAUCGUGUUUUGCAGAGCCGCACUGCAUCAUUCAGCCCGAGGUAGCCCAGGACGUUUCUACGGCGGUGAAAGUCAUAGGUUUCUUCCAGGUGAAAUUCGCAGUGCGCAGUGGCGGACAUUCGCCGAACCCAGGAUGGUCCAGCAUUGGGAGCCAAGGUAUUCUGAUCGAUUUGUCUAAACUAAGCUCUGUCAGCCUGUCAAGCGAUGGCAAGGUAGCGAGUGUCGGUCCGGGUCUUCGCUGGGGCGAGGUCACGGAGGCAUUGAACUCAGAGAAGGCCGUGGUGCUGGGGGGAAGACUGCCCUCGGUGGGAGUCGGUGGUCUUAUUCUCGGAGGAGGAUAUCAUCACCUCUCUACUCGCUAUGGCCUAGCGGCGGACAAUGUGCAUAAUUUCGAGGUUGUUCUGUCAAAUGGAACAAUUGUUGACGCGAAUGCGGAGCAGAACAACGAUCUAUUCCGUGCUCUCAAGGGAGGUGGCCCCAACUUCGGCAUCGUUUCUCGUUACGAUCUAAACACUGUUCCGGUCUAUGAAGUCUGGGCGGAAAUGAGGUAUUAUUCCACCGAUCAAGCUCCCGCCGUCCUGGAUGCCUUUACGGAGUGGCAGCUCAACGGAGCCUCGGAUGUCAAAUCGGUCGUGGCUAUUGAUAUCUCUUUGACCUCUAUAGUCAUUGGGCUUGUUUACUCCGAGCCGGCCGUCAAGCCUAGCGCAUUUGCACCAUUUUAUGAUCUGGAGCCACUGUCUAUUCCGGUCCCCGGAAUGAACACCACGUUUGUCGUUAUCGAUGAACUCCUGGCAUCCGCAUUUCCCACUGCGAAGGCUCGACACGACUAUCGCGGCUGCAGUACCCGCAUCAACGCCAACUUGACCCGGGAUGUCUACGACUACUGGGUGGAGAAGGCCCAAGCGGCUUACCAAGCCACUGGUGUCAACCAAACCUUCGCUCUGCAAUACGUGGGAGAGAAUCUCAUCCAGAAAGGGAUUGAGAAUGGUGGAAAUGCCCUGAAUAUCCCAUCUGGCCCCCAGCAAUGGUGGACCACCAUUGUGGACUGGGAAAACGAGGCUGAUGAUGAGGCCGCGCGAUCCGUUUCCAUUGAGACGACAAAGUACUGGAAGAAACUGGCCAAGGAGCGUGGGUUGGAUGUGUCCUUGACGUACAUGAACGACGCCUCCCGCGACCAGAAUCCCCUGGAAUCCUACGGGGCGACAAGUCUAAAGCAGCUGAAGGCAACUUCCAAGAAAUACGACCCUACGCAGAUGCUCCAAAGGUUGCAGAACAACGGGUUCCUGCUUUCGAAGGCGUAG